AUGUCUUCUAAGCAAAAGUGUGGCCGUGGCAUAAUGAUGAUUCUAUCGCCGGCGAAAACGCUCGACUUAUCUCCUUAUGUUGGUAAUGUUCAAAAGCUCACCCACGCAGACUGUGACCUGGAUCGCACGGCGGAAGUCGCUAAGUCUUUGAAGAAAAGAAAAGAUCUAAAGCAACUACUUGGCGUCUCGGAGAAUAUUGCAAAUACAGCAUUAAAGUACUGGGAAGCGUUUACGAUAGAAGAUAGCAAACGUAAUUCUGAGUCCAAGCCAUGCAUUUAUGCAUUCUCCGGAGCGGCUUAUCAAGCUUUGCGGAUUCAAGACUGCAGUCAAGAAGCCGUCGAUUAUUUGCAACGAAAUUUGCGAAUAAUUGAUCCCGUCUACGGUAUCCUUCGGCCGCUAGAUCAAAUCCAGCCUUAUCGUUUAGAAAUGGCUACCAAAAAUGUAUUGCCAAAUGUGGCCAAACUUGCUGACUUCUGGAAGGAAUCAGUGACGAGGCGCCUGAGCGGAGAGAUUGGGCUCCGCGCAACUCCAAUUUUGCUGAACUUGGCAAGUGAUGAAUAUUCCGCAGCCGUCGCUCCGGACGAGCUGCCUGAAAAUAUUCAUUACGUCAAAGUCAUAUUUAGAGAGGACGGUCGGGUAAUUUCUGUUCAUGCCAAGCGUGCUAGAGGUCUUAUGGUGCAAUUUCUUGCAGAAAACAAUAUUCAAACAAUGGAGGGCGUUAAAUCAUUUGACCAAGAAGGCUAUGGGUUUGUUGUUGCAUAUUCAGAUGACACAACACUUGUUUUUGAGCGA